UAUGAACGUCUGUCCUGAGACCAGCUCCACGCGCAGCUCUGUUACGAAACCGGCGCUAACUCUACUGGGAAUGCUUGGAACUAGGCGGGGAGCUUGAGACCCUGGAAACCGCACGCGGGGAACGGUCGCCCAGGUUCACGGACGCUACAGUUUACAGGCUUUCGCGUAUUCAGCAACUCAGAUUGCACAAUGAGAUCUGACCGCUGAACAACUGCCAACACUCGGCGCUGCUCAUCUCUUAAGCUGAAGUUGAGCAAAUCGUACUGGUGAUUUUGUGCAGCUUCUGGUAAAACUGCCACAGUCGACAUGCUUGCUUCCUGCAGACGACUCAGUCGCAACAGGAGUGACAGCAGCUGCAGGUAGGCGGUUAAGCGCCUUAGAGCUGGUUGGCAUGGGGACAAUAGUGUGUCUGCCCACGGCGGAGAACAUGGCGGGCAUCUGCGGCCAUGCUGUUGACUGCUUGCCGUCGCAUUUCCAGCACCGGGCGCCCACAGGCCCGCCAGGCAUGUCAACUAACUGUACCACGCAGUAUCACACUCGGCGCCGGUCGAGUGAGUGCGUCGCCUUUGUGGAGACACGGCUCGUUUCUUCACGGCGGGGCAGUUUAAAAGACGCGGCUGUAAUGAGCGGCUGUGACGACAGCAAGACCAAUACGACGUUGAAUCGCGGUGCAUGCGCGAUACUUGUGACAUCGGCGUCGCCGUCUUCCCACCGAACGUCAGCUGCAUCAACAUCGUCAGGAAGUGGUAGUCGUGGUGAUGGUGGUGGCGGCAAGAGAAGUGGUUUUCGAGGAAGUGGCGGUAAUAGAGUAACCAUCUUCUCGUUAGCACCGCAGAUUAUCGUCGCAGCUGUAUCUACGGCUAGCACAGCAACUGUUAAUCUUAUAGAGAGUCUUCAGAAGACUGCGAAGAAAAAGAAAUCUGUUCCAACAGGCAACGUGGCGACAUCUAAAGAAAACCACGUGACGACAGUAACAUCAAGUAUGGACGCGGAGCACCAGCAGCUGUCUGCACAUGAGGGUCAAUGCAGUCAAGAAGAUGAAAACAGAAAGAAGUAGAUGGAAUUUAGACUGUACUCA